CCACCGCCACCGCCGCCGCCGUGGUGCCGUGUGCAACCGGGGAAAGACUAGGCCGGCCGCGCGCCCGCCGCCUCCAUUCGAAUACGCGCGGUAGUCCAGUGACUGGAAAGCAGCCCCCUCGCUAGUUUCCGGCCUCGCCUACCAACGAAAGCCGAACAGGUUACGUGAGUGAUACCCGGCCAGCAAAAUGCCUUUCAAGCCUAUCGAGAACCCAAAGUGCCCUAAAUGUGGCAAAUCUGUGUAUGCUGCUGAAGAGAGAGUAGCUGGUGGGCUGAAAUGGCACAAAAUGUGCUUCAAGUGUGGAAUGUGUAACAAGCUGCUCGACUCCACCAACUGCUCCGAGCACGAGGGGGAGCUUUACUGCAAGGUGUGCCACGCCCGCAAGUUUGGCCCCAAGGGCUAUGGAUUUGGUGGUGGUGCUGGCUGCCUUAGCAUGGACACCGGAGACCACCUGCAGAAAGACGCUGAACAGGCUGUGAGUAAUGCAGUGUAUGCACUGAAAAACAUAGCUAAGGCUCCAGAAGGGGAAGGCUGUCCAAGAUGUGGUGGCUAUGUUUAUGCUGCAGAACAAAUGCUGGCCAGGGGAAGGGGCUGGCAUAAGACCUGCUUCAAGUGCAUUCAAUGCAGCCGUGCCUUGGACUCCACCACGCACAAUGAUGGCCCAGACAAAGAGAUUUACUGUAAAGUUUGCUAUGGGAAACGCUUUGGUCCACGAGGGGUCGGGCAUGGAGGAGGGUUUACAAUUGGUCUUACAUCAGACAUAACAGAUGAGAGUGAAAUAACUGCACCUAAAACCACUGUGAUUGAUACUGCUGUGAUCAAGGCACCUCCAGGAAAAGGUUGCCCUCGUUGUGGUGGUGUUGUUUAUGCAGCUGAACAAGUGCUUGCGAAGGGCCGUGAAUGGCACCGGAAGUGUUUUAAAUGUCGUGACUGCACUAAAACCUUGGACUCCAUCCUGGCCUGUGAUGGGCCAGACCGUGAUGUCUACUGUAAGACCUGUUAUGGAAAAAAGUUUGGUCCCCAUGGUUAUGGAUUUGCUUGUGGCUCUGGAUUUUUGCAGACUGAUGGUUUAACGGAAGAGGAGAUUUCUGCAUCAAGGCCAUUCUACAACCCAGACACAACUUCAAUAAAGGCUCCAGCUGGCCAAGGCUGUCCAAGGUGUGGAGGUGCAGUAUUUGCCGCUGAACAACAACUGGCAAAGGGAACGAUGUGGCACAAGAAAUGUUUCAACUGUAAUGCUUGCCAUCGACCUCUGGACUCUGUACUGGCAUGUGAUGGACCAGAUCGAGAAAUCUAUUGCAGAGCUUGUUAUGGAAAGAAAUUUGGUCCUAAGGGCUUUGGCUAUGGUCAUGCACCGACACUGGUGUCCGAUGGAGAAAUUACAACACCAUACUUUGAUGCCAAACCAACAUCUGGACCUAAAGCAGCUGAAGGGAAAGGCUGUCCAAGAUGUGGCUAUGCUGUGUUUGCUGCUGAACAGAUGAUUAGUAAAAACAGAAUUUGGCAUCGGCGUUGCUUCAGCUGCGGCGAGUGUCGUCGUUCUCUUGAUUCAACCAACCUCAAUGAUGGCCCUGAUGGAGAUAUCUAUUGCCGUGGGUGCUAUGGAAGGAAGUUUGGACCUAAAGGGGUGGGAUUUGGAAUGGGUGCUGGUACUCUGACCAUGGCUUGAGGCUUCCUGAGUUCCUAUGUAUGCACCAGUAUACCAUCCCGGCGUAAUAUUUCAUAUUCUAUCAUUUGAAGACUACAGGGAAUAACAGGGAACUGUUUGUGCAGUUACUACGCUUGUGAUUUACUGUUCCAGUUUUAUUAUUCACACUGAAUUUGAAAGUGUGAUUGCUUAAUUUUCAUUUUGAAAAACAUUACAGUCUUCCUUCGUAUUAAAUACCUAAUGGAAUACUGACAUGUUUCACACACUUUCAGUUACUUAAACAGAACCUACUCUGCUUUACCACGGUGGUCAGAAGACUUGAAUCUGUACGAAAAAUGCCGGGAUGUUGCUGUUUCUUUUUUCCUUUUUUGUGUUUGUGAAUGAUUUCUAGGUGAAAGUUAAAAACUGUGGAUGAAUGUGAAAGCUUAUUUGACUGUUUUUGUAAACUGGUGACUGUAUGCUUAAAGUAUUCCAGGAUUUUUGAAUAGAAGUUUUUGUAUAUUUUUCUUAUUUUUACAGUAGUUUUGGGGCAGGUUGUAUUGUAUGAUGGUUCGUGCAUUCCGAAAAUUCAGUUUCCCUGACCACCAUGUUCUAAGCACUAAAACUCUCUCUCUCUCUCUCUCUCUCUCUCUCUCUCUCUCUCUCUCUCUCUCUCUCUCUCUCACUCACUCACUCACACACACACACACACACGCACACACACACACACACACACACACAGAUAUACUGGGUAUAAUUAUGCACUUAUGCAUCUACGCAUACAUAAUCACAUUGCAAUUCAUAUUCAGUAGGAUUAGAAUGUGAGUCCUAGUUCUUAACAACAGAUUCCAGAUAGACAUCAAAUGAAAAAAUAUGCAGAACAAUUCCAAACAGUCAGUUUUAUAUGAAUUCCUGCCACUAAAGCUGUUCAUGCAGUACUGUGUUAUUGCAUCAGCCAAUCAGGAAAUUAUAUGGACUGGGGUACUUAACAUUUCCAGCCAUACUGUGUAACUUAAAUACAUCAUGACAGCAUUAGAGCACAUACCAUAAGACAAUAAUAAUUUACAAAUCCAGACUUCAUCAGUGACACUUUUCACCAUAAGCACAUGCACUGUAACUUAGCAUAAAUAUAUUAAUGCAUUGUUGUGGAUUUUUUAAGAAUACUAACAAAAAUAUACUUUUCAUUUAAGAAUAGGAGCCAUAUCUAAUAUUGUUGAAAUAUAUGCACAUUUUCUGUCUGUUAACUGACUAUCAAAGAGUUUUGCAGCUGUUAGGUACACUUUUACAGAUCAUUGUAGUAGUGGCAAAUUUUGCAAAACAAAAUGACUGAGACUGCCCCAACUCAACACAAUUGUAAUUGCUACCCAGUCCAAGCCAGGAGCUUAAAAAUCAGUUUUUUUGUUUUUACUCAAGGUAAGCAAAAUAGUGGGGUACCUAUAGUUACAGCUGUAUCUGCAGAAAGCCUGAAUGACCCUUACCAAAAAAAAAAAAAAAAAUCAAUCCAGCUCAACUUUCACCUACAAAUGUACUUGCAUCCAACACAUUGUCAAGACCAUAGACAUUUUACAAGUUCUUUAUGAUGGAAGCCAGAGGUCUGAGGAUUAUGUGUAUGGCAUAUACAACAGCAGCCACACUUGUCAAGAAAUGUCACUGCCAUUGAGAGUGCAAAUUUAUGCUUUAAAAAAUAUAACUGAAAAUAAUGUUUUGGGCAUAUAGUUAUAUGUAGAAACUGUGGAAGCUGUUAUGGGAACAAACUAUUUUAUAAACAUACUUUCUAUUUUUCUACUUCCAUGAGUCCUCGAGAUAUUAAAAAUGUGUACAACGAACGACCAAACUCUAUCAAAGAGUUUGAGGAUGACGCAUGUUGUUUCACAGACCGGUGGUUCUACAAACAACAUUUUGAUAAAAUUCUUCCCACAGUAUUUUUAAUCAUCUUUUCACUGAUGCUUUUUGCUUCACACACUCAACAAAUAUUGGAGAUUUGCUACAUUGCUUCUUGCAUUUGUUAUUGUACUGUUUAUUGUAAGCCUUGUUAUUUAGACUGUAAAUAAUUGUAAAGUGACAUGUAUAUGUAUAUAUAUUUACACAAGUGAAUAAAACAGAUUUUCUGGAGUAUGAAAAAA